AUGCGUGUCUCGACUUUCUUGUCUCUCGUCGCCAUUGCUGGCAGUGCCCUCUCCCAGCAGCUCUCCAGUACCCUUCAGCUCGUCACUGAAGACUUUGGCGAAAAUCCAACAAAUACCCCAUUUUAUAUCUAUGUCCCAACAUCUGUGUCUAGCAAUCCUGCUGUGAUUGUUGGUGCCCAUUGGUGUACUGGAAGCGGACCAGAUUUCUUUUCUGGAACAGGAUACGCCCGAUAUGCUGAUACAUAUGGAUACAUUGUUAUCUAUCCAUCUGCAAACCGAUCCUCGAAAUGCUGGGAUGUUGCAAGCAAUGCGACACUCACACACAACGGUGGCAGCGAUUCUCUCGCUAUCGUCAACAUGGUUAAAUGGACUUUGAAGAAGUAUAACGGAGAUGCAAACCGAGUUUUCAUUACCGGAAUGUCCAGCGGUGGUAUGAUGACCCAGGUCAUGAUGGGGGCUUACCCAGAUAUCUUCAAGGCUGGUAGCGCAUGGGCUGGCGUUCCAUACGGAUGUUUCUCUGGACCAACCGAGUGGAACGGUGAUUGCUCCUCUGGUAUCCUUCACAAGACUCCGCAACAGUGGGGAGAUGAUGUCCGCAGGGCAUACCCCGGUUACACUGGUCCUCGUCCAAAGCUUCAAAUCUGGCACGGAACUCUCGAUGCUGCUCUGAGCUAUAACAAUGUUGCAGAGUCUAACAAGAUGUGGUCCAAUGUUUUUGGAAUCUCGUUCACGAGAAACGAAACUAAUACUCCAAUUCCAAACUACACCAAGAUGGUCUAUGGUGAUGGUACUAAAUAUGUUGCAUACUCGGCAGAGGGAGUUGAGCAUAAUAUUCCUAUUAGAGAUCUAGAUGCUCUAGAGUGGUUUGGAAUUUAUAACCCUUCAAGCACCUCAACCACAGCUACCGCUAGCAGAACGACUACCACAGCUUCAAGGACUACUUCCCCAACUACAACUGCUACUACAACUAGAUCUACUACUGCCACCACGACUGUCCGCACUACCACAACUCAAACAACGACAUCGAGAAGCACGACUACUAGCGCUUCAACUGGUACCGUUGGACAAUGGGGACAGUGCGGUGGCGUUACCUACACUGGACCUACAGAGUGUUCUGGCGGAUGGAAGUGCACUAAGUUGAACGACUACUACUGGCAGUGCUUGCAAUAA